AUUAUCGACGACGUUUUAAAGUUGUUUUAUAUUCGUACUAUCACGAUAGAUAUUCGAUUAACUCACAAACGACGUUGAGUUUCAAAUUAAAACCUUUUUCAUCAAGGUUUUUCUUCCGUUAUCAUUUUUUUUUUCUCUUUUCUUCGUCGCCUUCAAAUUGAAGAGUAAUACAUCGCGAAGAAGGAUAAUAAGGGAGGAGGAUCAGGUUAGCACCGUAGGGUGCUGAGGAGGCCAUUGCUUGCGCUCGAAAUCUUCCUCCACAGUCGUUACAAGCGCGAUGCACGUGUCACAUCGUAAUCUUUGCAAGAACGUUGAAAGCGUUAAUACAAACGAGAGAGAUACGGUACGAGUAGGAGUCGGUGUCAUCGACGAGAUUAAAGUUAGAUAUUAGGUCUUGCAAAGAAAUACUAAAAUGAAGAUCGACAGAAGCAGAUUGAAAAAGUGCACUUCAGAAGUUCCAGCUGAAUGUCAAGCCCUCAUAAGCAAAUUACGUUCUUGCUCCCACGCGGAAUUAUUAGAGGAGCUAAAACAAAUAGAUGCUUGGACUUUUGGAAAGUGUGAAUUAUUUCAUUGGAUUGAUGUCUUGGAUCUUAGCGAUAGUAUUUUAGAAGAAGCUACAGCAAGAAGCUCAGAUAAUCCAUGGGAAUUGGCAUGUGACUUGCCUCAAAAUGCAGAGGCAAAAGAAUUACUUCUCUGGGUUCUUCAUUUUACUACAUUGUUAAUUGAACAUUCAUUCUCACGGCAUUUGUAUAACAGUAUGGAACAUCUAAUUACAUUAUUAUCAAGUUGUGACAUGCACGUGGUUCUUGGUGUAUUAAAUCUUUUGUAUAUGUUCAGUAAGCGUAGUAAUUUUAUUACUCGUUUAAAUAGUGACAAACGUCAAGCUCUUCUUAGUAGACUAAACCAUCUAGCAGAGAGUUGGGGUGGAAAAGAAAACGGUUUUGGAUUAGCAACAUGUUGCAAGGAACAUCCAGAUAAGCCAUUCCCGUCAAGCGCUACAACGUUACAUUUUGAAUUCUAUGCAGAAAAUCCCACUGUAACAGAGAGUGCAAUUACAUCAAAUAUUAGUAUAAAAAAGAUUGGUCAAACAAAUUAUGCAACAUAUAUACAUAUAGAAGGUGUAGAUAAACUUGGUAAAACACCAGCACAAAUAAUGAAUGACUUAUUAAAAAUUUAUAAUGUACCUCAGGAUCGUCAGAUGGCUUUAUUGACACAUGUUAGACUGGCUCACAGUUUCUCAGAUUAUCGUAGGCGUUUGCAAUGUGUUCAAGCUCGUCUUCAAGCAUUAUCUGUAUUAGUCUAUAGCAAUGCAUUGCAAGAAAAUGCACAUAGUCUCUUACAUGCUGGACUUCUUGAAGAAUUAGUGGAAUUACUUGAGUUGCCACACUCUCAUCUUGUUGAAAUUCGUGCUGCAGCAUUACGCACCCUUACUAGUAUUAUACAUUUGGAUCGUAAUCCACAUUUUCCAAAAAAACCUGGCUCUAGAUUAAAUAUGAUCAUCGAUGUGACUGGUGCCAGUUCAUAUCAUGGCUUUUUACCUGUUCUUAUUCGUACUUGCAUAACAACAUUAACAUCAUCACAAGCAGAUGGACAGCCGUUUCCACUGCCAUUGGCAACGGCUUUAUUCAGUUUUUUAUUUCAUCUUGCUAGUUAUGAAGCAGGAGCAGAAGCUCUUGUUAGUUGUGGAAUGAUGGAAAGUCUUCUCAAAAUAAUAAAUUGGCCAGGGAGUGAAUUAGAACAUAUAACGUUUGGUACUAGAGCAGUGCGUGUGAUAGAUUUGAUUGCAAAUAUCGAUAUGCAAGGAUUUCAAGCUCAUGGUGGUUUGGCUAGUUUUAUUAAUCGGCUUGAUAUGGAAGUUAAUGUCUGCAGAAAAGAGCAACCUUUUGAAAUAGAACCACAGCUUUAUGAAGAUACACCACAAACUGUACAUGAAAGAUCUUUAGAUAGAGAUGGAGAAGCUUCUUCACGCCGCUUAAAUGAAACUUUCGAAGAACGCGAAGAAUCUUUGAAUCCAAUGGAAUUUUCAGAAGAUGAAAAUAUGAGUACUAAAACAGAUGAUAAAAAUGAACAGUUACCUGAUUAUUCUGCUGCAAAGACUGGAAAGACUUGUCUACUACAACGUGCUGCACUUUUAAAAUCUAUGUUAAAUUUCCUUAAAAAAGCAAUUCAAGAUCCAGCUUUCUCUGAUAGUAUUCGACAUGUUAUGGAAGGAACGUUACCAUCAUCUUUAAGACAUAUUAUAAGCAAUUCCGAAUAUUAUGGUCCUUCCCUGUUUUUACUUGCUACCGAUGUUGUAACAGUAUACGUUUUUCAAGAACCAUCGUUACUCUCAUCGCUGCAGGAUAAUGGGUUAACAGAUGUUGUAUUGCAUGCUCUUCUUAUUAAAGAAGUUCCUGCAACUAGAGAAGUUCUAGGAUCAUUACCCAAUGUAUUCAGUGCACUUUGUUUGAAUCAACGUGGUCUUGAGUCAUUUGUAAAACGUCGUCCCUUCGAACGAUUGUUCAAAGUGCUUCUCUCACCAGUUUAUUUAUCGGCUAUGCGAAGACGCAAAAGCGCCGACCCACUUGGUGAUACAGCUUCUAAUCUUGGCAAUGCUAUGGAUGAAUUGAUGAGACAUCAACCAAGCUUAAAAGUUGAUGCUAUUUCUGCAAUUAUUAAGUUGCUUGAAGAACUUUGCGUACUUGGUUGCGAUCCACGAUACAUAUGUUGGCGUGGUGUUAGUAAAUCGGAUAAUUCUCCAUCAAAUUCUGGAUGUGGAAAUCGUCAAUCUUCGGGUCAGUCAGUUGGCGUUGGUGUUGGAGAUUCAGCAGGUGGUAGUGGUGGAGGCGGAGGAAGUAGUAGCGACGAAGAGGAAGAAGAUGAAGAAGAAGCUAGCACUAGCUCUCAUCCCCAGCGCGAAGAACAACCCUCUCCAUCUCCCGCACAACCUGGGCCACCACCUCAACCUAGAGAAAAAACGCCAAUUGCCUUGGUUGAUUAUAUUCAGAACGUUAUGAAGUUCGUCGAUGCCAUAUUGAGUAACAAUUCGACGGAUGAUCAUUGUAGAGAAUUUGUUGCGCAAAAAGGGCUUGUGCCGCUCCUUUCCAUUUUAGGAUUACCAAAUUUACCAGUAGAUUAUCCUGUUGCUCAAGCAGCUCAGGCUGUAGCUUCAGUGUGCAAAAGUAUUUUGAAUUUAGCGCAUGAACCUUUGGUUCUUAAAACGGGAUUGUCACAAUUAAAUGAGGUUCUGAAUUUGCUAAAGCCUCUUUGCAGUAACAUGCAAUCGCCUGCAGGUUCUGUUUUAUUACACGAAUUGGCUUCAGCACCAAAUCUUGAGACAGCUUUCACAAGUGAUACAGCAACGCCAUUAUUACACGCUAUGAAUGCAGCUCAUGGAUAUAUUGUAAUGUUUGUCCAUGUUUGUCGAACGAGUCAAAGCGAGAUUCGAAACUUAUCUAUGAAUCAUUGGGGAUCUGACUUAGGUUUAACAGUUUUAAAAGGAUUGUCUAAGUUAUACAUGUCUCUGGUUUGGGAAAGUACUUUAUUACUUGCGCUAUGUAGCGAAGAUAUCAUUCCAGCCGGUUGCGACUUUGGAAAAGAAGAUAUGGACAAAUUAAUACCGCCCGAAUUAAGAACGGAUUGUGAAAGUUCUACAUGGUCUGGUGCUGCUUCUUCUACCGACAUAGGUAGUAAUGGAAUGACAACUGCUAUGGAAGCACUCAGCACUGAUCCUCCACCUAUACCCAUGGAGGUCGAUGAUAAGCCAAGCACAAGUGCUGGAAGGACAUCACCUAAUUCUCAUCAACUUAAAUAUAUUAAGCCUUUAUUAGGUGCAUCAUCAAGAUUAGGUAGAGCACUUGCAGAGUUAUUUGGUCUACUUGUUAAGCUUUGCAUGGGUUCACCUAUAAGGCAAAGAAGAGGACAGCAAAUGCCUUUAACUCCUGCUCUUCCUUCCCAAGCAGCAAGAAGCGUAGCGACUGCUUUGAAUUGUUUAUUAACGCGUGGUCUAUCUUGGGAAAUAUUACCUCCAUCGCCGAUUCCUAAGUUCCAAUUGACUUUCUUAAUAUGUUCUGUGGGAUUUACAUCUCCAAUGCUCUUUGAUGAAAAGAGGCAUCCAUAUCAUUUGAUGCUUCAAAAGUUUGUUCAUUUGGGUGGACAAAAUGCGUUUUUCUUAACUUUCCAGUGGGCAUUGUCAGGAGGAGGACAAUUUCCAUUAUCCGAAGGGUUAGAACAUCCAAAUUUACCUGAUGGCACUGGAGAGUUUUUAGAUGCUUGGCUUAUGCUUCUUGAGAAAAUGGUGAAUCCUAAAGCAAUUUUAGAUUCUCCGCAUGUAGUAUCUUCUAAAUGCACAGGAAUGUAUGAUAGGUAUGAAGUAUUUGACCCAAUAAAGUACCUCACGGAUAUCCACAAGAAAGCUUUUAAAGCGGUGAUGCUUAUGUGGGGUAAAAAGCCAUUAAAAAAUUAUGGAGCUCGUAUGACAGAAUCUAUAUUAUCGAUCUUGCGACAUAUAUUACGCGGUGAAAAAAUAAUUAAGGAACGCUCUGAAAGAGAGAAAAAUAACGAAGGUGUUUCGGCUAGCGGUAGUGGCAGUACUAGUUCCGUUGGUAGAAGCGGAGCAAUAUCAGAUAGACGAGAUGAACCAGAAGCAGAUGUAAAUUUGGAACAUUUGAGGCAAUUGAUGGACAUGGGUUUCAGUAGAGCCCAUUGCAUUGAAGCUCUCUUACAUACGAUGACCGUUGAGCAAGCAACCGAAUAUCUUCUGGCAAAUCCUGCUACGUUACGAAGACCAGAUGCUCCAUCAGGUGAUCCAAAUCGUGUUGUUACUAUGGAACUAGAAUUAACCGAAGAUGAAGACAUUACGCAGGUUCUUGCUAUGGCAUUUGCCGAUACCGACGCAUUAAAAGCACCAGGACCGGAAGAACCAGAUAGAGAGACAACAUUAACAGAGAGCAUAGAUGAAUUUACUCGUAAUGCGUUAGCACAAUGUCUUAACCUUCUGGAUCUUAUGCCCGACACGGUAUAUAGAAUUUGCGAUUUAUUAGUAACUAUUACAAAACGAAAUGGGGAUGAGUGGCGAGAUAAUAUGUUACGGCAAUUAAUACGAGAGAUCGGUGACUUAGUCGAUUAUUUGAUCGAUAUUACUAAAAGUCAAGAUGAAAAUGCUGGAACGCGAUUAGUAGAAUGCGAGGAAGCAAAUAAAGUAUCAAGACGUAUCUAUCUUUAUACUUUAUUCUUUGAGGGUACCUUUCAAGAAAUGCGGGUACCUUGUGCCCGAAUUGUCGAGGAGUGUGUUAUGUUAGACAAACUUGUGAAAUUACUUGUUAUGAGCGAAGGACCGCUUACUGCUAAUAAGAAUAAGAUCGUAAAAGAAAGUAAGGAUGGAACAGUCUGUGUGAAGACUCCUAAAUGGCUUGCACCUUUAUUAUUACUUAUAGACCGUUUGGAGAAGGUUGGAACUCUCACAAAAAGAAAACAACUAAUGCAUAAAGUCACAAAUUGUAUGUGGAAAUGGUUCGACUUAAGUACUGGAAAAUGGACUCUUUAUUCACCAAUGAAUAAUAGAAUUAUUAAUGAGGCAUACUGGGCUGGUGAGCCCAAUGUGCGUAUAACAUGUAGCAGACGUCGUUAUUUAAUAACAUUUUCAUGUAUGACUCAAGUAAACGAGGAAAGUGACAAUAGGAGACCAAUUACGAUGGGUUUUAACUUCAAUAGUGGUACAAACGAAGAUGGUGGUUCUGGUUCUGAUUCUAAUAUGGAUACCGAUGAUAGUCCAGUCGAGGAAAAACGAAACGCUGUUGUACAAGGUUUAGAUCCUAGUAUAGCACCAAGUAUCGUACGCGCCUGUGUAAAAUUAUUAGCUAUCCCGGUUGAUCGCGAUACACUCCAUGCCUUGAUGAAAGUAUGUUUGCGCUUAACGAGGGAUUAUAAAAAUGCAGAAGUAUUUGCACGUGAGGGUGGUGUAAAAUUGCUUCUUGAAAUGACUCAGUCCAGUACCUUUAUCGGAUGUAUUAAUCUAAGUACACUCCUUAUAAGACAUACGUUAGAAGAGCCACGUAUUCUACGUCUUGCUAUGGAGAAGGUGAUACGCACGCGCACGCAAAGUAAUAUUCCUCCUGCAUACAAAGAGAUUUUGUUUAUGACUCGACAAAUCAGCAGUGCAGUAUGUCGCAAUCCUGAAGUUUACAGAGAAGUUUGUGAAAAUAUUCUUAGAGUUGAUAUUAACGUAUUAAAAAGGGAUGACAUUGAUAGCAGAUUAGUCGUCAAAGCCUUGCCUCCUACUCAUUCUCCAGCCUUACCAAUGGUAGAAGAAGUUUCUAUCGGCGUUGUUCGUGAUUUAUUGAAUGCAUUAAUCAAACCGGUGCCUAUACUACCUGAUGAUGGAUCUAUAACACCGACGGGAAGUCCAGAAAAAAAGACAACACAUUCAACCUCUGCAACUGGCAAUGCAUCUUCGUCAUCUUCAAGACGCGAUGUACUUAGAAAUAAUGCAAUGUCUACGAAUGAUCCUCUAGAUGAUGAUGAUCAAGUAUCUCAAAUUAUUCCUCUUAAAAUAUAUACGGAUGUGAGCAGUAAUGGUAAAGCAGAAUCGGAAGAAGCGAAAAAGCCAUUAUUGGCAAAGUCUGCAAUAUUAAAGACAUUAGCCGAUGCAGUUCGAUCCUAUGGUGCAAUUGUUAGUCUUAUUACUGAACACACAUAUAGAGCAGGCCAGAGUGAAUUAGUGACGGAAGAUACCACAGCUCUUGCAUUUCUGCUCGAUAAACUUUUGCCGAUGUUACCAGAAAACUCCAGUGAUCGUCAAUGUAAUAAUAUGGCACGUACGCUAAUAGCUGCUAUAGCAUCUUGUAACCAUUCACCGGAUGUGCAGACGACAUUAGUAACUGAAGUUAAAGCGGCAUUGACACGAACAUUAGCACUUCCAGAGAGUGCGGAAAAACAUGCACAAUUGCAGUUAUUAAUUGGUUUGAUUUCCACUAUGAUCGAUAGUUGUCCACUUACAUCACACGCACAACUAAGAGCAUCUUUGAAAAUUCAUCAAUAUAAUAAUGUUAAUUAUAUUGUCAGAAUUAUGCUUAAAAAGGGUAUUAUAACUGACUUAGCUAAAAUUCCACAUAGUCUUGAUCUUUCGAGUCCACAUAUGGCUGGAACUAUAAAUGCUGCUUUGAAACCUCUUGAAACAUUAUCUCGAAUUAUUAAUCAACCAAUGCCUGGAGGUAUUAAUAAAUUCACGAAGCCGAAAAAUAGAACCGUUCAUGAAGAACCGAUAGGAGAGCAAACUGGCACUACGACUUCGGAAACCACUCAUGCUGUCGGCGAGGAAACUAUCGAGGAUGCAGAAAACACCGAGCAUGACAUUUCAGUGACGGCAGAAAGUUUAGAACCAACAUCUGAGAGUCACGUACAUGAAGUAGGAGAUGAAGCUGCCUUAGAAGACAUCAUGGAUCAACUUCUUGAAAGUGUGCUAUUUUCCAGAGAUGGUUCUACCGUGGCAGAAGAACAAUCGUCUCGGUCACAUCGGCCAAUGGAUAUUGACGAUGAAAGUUUAGCGAUGCGUGAUCCAGAAGGAGACUUCGAUCCAACACGUGACACCACCGUAAGAGAAGAUCUAAUGAGCUCUGAUUCGGAUUCUGACAGUAAUCAAUCAGAUGAUAAUGAAGACGAAGUUCAAGAUGACGAAGACGAAGAGGAAGAGGAGGAAGACGAAGGUGAGGAGAAUGAAGAAGAAGAAGAGGAGGAAGAAGAAGGUUCGUCAAACUAUGAGGAAGAUGGAAUAGAAUUUUAUGAGGAUGUUGGAGAAGCUAGUGGUGUCUUUCGUAUGUUUCCAUCUGCAGAACGUGAUGGUGGCAAUGUUGUUAUGAUACAGCAUAAUAUCGAUAAUCAAGACAAUGUAAAUACAGUCUCAUCUACACCUAUUUCAACUCGACCUGGUCUAUCGUGGAACACAAGCUUCCCCCUACCACUUGGUUUAUUUGAAGAACCACCUUCUUUUUCUGAAGGAAAUGGUAUUAGUUCACAUCCUAUAUUAAUAGCUCAAGGUAGUUUUGAUAGUGGAAAUCCAAGAGCUCAACGAGUGCUUCGCCAUCGACGAUAUCAAUAUUUACAACUAUCUAAUUCUCGCAAUCCAAAUCCACCUGUAAUAUUACAAAGACUUUUAGGUCCGACUGCACAGAGUCUUCCUUUAUCAGCUAGUCAAGUUUUAGCUUCUAGCUUUAGGGACACACGUGUUGUUGUAAUGGAUAAUGGCCUUGGAAUAUUUACAAAUCAAGAAGAAGAACAAAUUGAUUUUGUAGAUCAAUCUGGUUACUUGUUUGGACCAAGUUUGGCUGCAACCUUAAAUAACAUUCCAACUGCAUUACAUUGGUGGAUCGAAGAAAGCAAACUAUUAGAUGGAGAUUCACAGCCCGAUUGUUGUGUUGGUGUUGUACACAAAAUGAUUCCUAGUCUUGAGAAACACAGAAACGCUGAAUUAGCUGAAAGAAAAGAAAAACGUAAGAAGCAGCAUGGUUCAGAAAGGGAAACUGAGAGAGAUGGAAAAGAAGAAAAGGACAGUACAAAAAAUGUUGAGUCGGGCCCAUCAACAACAAUUUCAAUAGAAGAAGAAAGAAACUUGGCAUUAUCUCAAAGAGAUGACACGAUAGUUAUUACAGCUCCGGAACCUCACGCUGAACCUAUAAGGCAGGAAUGUAUACCUGAUGAAGAUAUCAUUGAUGUAACUGGAGAAAUGGAAGUGACAGUCCAGGAUGAUGAAGAACGACCACGUCCUCCUCCACCGCCAGAAGAACAAUCUACAAAUACUAGGCAACCCCGGAUUGAUUGGACUCCUAGAUUAGAGCUCGCUGAAAGUAUCGUUGAUUCCGUACUUGCUCCCUGUGCUUCUGAAGUUUCGAGACUAAGACAAUCGGAACAUACUACCGAAACGUCAAAUGAAAUGCCGGAUUGUACAUCUACACCAAUUCUAGUAGAUUUUAGUCAAGAGGUCAAUGAAGAUCUUUCAAGAGAGAGUAGUGAUUCGGCUGAUUGGAUCAGACGUCUAUUAACUGAUGAUAGUCAAUCUGGUGUAGAACGAAAUGCAAAUAUUGUCGGCCAAGAUCCAACGUCUUCUACAUCUGAAAAUGCACAUCCAGAAACAUCGAGUCAACAACAGCAAUCACAACAGCCAUCUCAAGAACAACAGUUACCAGAUGGUGUAGACCCAUCCUUUUUAGCUGCCUUACCAGAGGACAUGCGUGAUGAAGUCAUAGCGGAACAACUGAGACUUCAGCGCAUAAGGCAACGCGCUCAAGCUACAGCAGCCGAAGAACUUACGGGACCGGUUGAAGUAAAUCCAGAAUUUUUGGCCGCAUUACCACCAGCCAUUCAAGAAGAAGUUCUUGCCCAGCAAAGAUUGGAACAACAAAGACAUGCAGCUGCUUCUGCAAAUCCGGAAGAUCCGGUCGAUGCUGCGGCAUUCUUUCAAAAUUUACAACCUUCCUUACGACAAGCUAUUCUUACGGAUAUGGAAGAAUCGCAAAUAUCUGUUCUACCUCCAGAUUUAGCUCAAGAAGCUCAAAAUUUGCGUAGAGAAUGGGAAGCUCGUAAUCGGCAUAUGAUGCAGGAGAGAUUCCUUAGUCAUGUUAGUCAAGGCAAUACAGCAUUAUCGAGCAUAUUGAGAAGUUCGGGUGGAGGCAGAGGGGGUGGUACACGAUAUGCUAUCCAUGCAGUUCCACAGAGAGCUCAGUGGGGAUCUUGGAAUCCUCGUGGAGAUACUGCUAUAGCACAUCAAGGAGCAGGUUUACGUUUGAGAGGAAGACAAUUACUUGAUCACGAAUCGAUGGCAUGUUUAUUGGUCUUACUAUUUGUCGAUGAACCUAAAAUUAAUACUCUAAGACUUCACAGAGUGAUCAGAAAUCUCUGUUAUCAUGGCAGCACAAGAGAAUGGGUAGUUAAAGCCUUACUUAGUAUCAUGGAGAGAAGUAAUGAUGAAACUAGGGAUAUAAUUACAGAUUUCAGUGGAAAAUUUAAAAGAAAAAGUUUGCUUCCUACCGCUUCAGAUUAUUGGUAUCCUAAAAUUUUUGAACAGAGAAAUAAUACACAAUCGUGGCUAAAUAUUAGUAUGGAUGCAGCUUUAGGAUGUAGAGCAAAUGUAUUUCAUAUUAUCAGACAUGGUGGUAAAAAGUCAGAAAGACAGGGUAGCAUAAUAGCUAUUCAUCCACAAGCUGCACCAACAGUUUGUAGGCACACUUUAGAACUCCUAAUCUCUUUAGCAAAAAGUUUUCCGGGAUAUUUUGUGCCAAUAAAAUCUAAAGAAUCAGAAGAUAAAGAUAACAGUAAGGAAAAAGAUAUAGGCAAUAACAAAGAUGAAACUAUCUCGAAAUCAAAGUCUGCAUCAAAACCAGGCAAGAGCGAUAUUCCAGAUUUUUGGGAUAUGCUACUAAAACUUGACUCUUGUGCUUCAAAGAAAGGAAAAUCUGUUGCAAGAACUCAUUCAAAUUCAAAUUUGGGAGUGGAUUCGGAGCAUACAAUGACAACUUUUGAAGCAUCUCCAUUUGGUCAAUUAAUUUCGAUGCUAAAUUGGUCUGUUAUUAAACGAAGCAGUCAAUUAACUGACAAACUAUUGCGGUUGCUUUCUCUGAUCUCAAUUGGAUUGACAGAAGUAAAUCUAUAUCGUCGACAAGAAGGUAAUAAAAAUAAAAAAACAGAAUUGAAUAAAGAACAGAGUGUUGCUGCGCCAGAAGGACAUUUGAGAUUAGCCGUACAAGUAUUGACUAGUAAAAGUUGUUCCGAAGAAGGCUUAGAAGACGCAACGGCAUUGUUGCUUAAUUUAUCACACUGCCCAGAUCCAACUAGACAAUUGAUACUGAAUUUACUCUUAGAAGGAGCGAUGGAAUUGGCAAACAUGGUUUGUGAACACAUCAGUGAUUUAAUGACAGAACUUAAAGUUUUAAAUCGCGAACUGAGCAGAAGGAAUUCUAUCGAAGAACAACCAUCGACCAGUUCUGGGGGAGGUGGACGUGGAAUUCUUUUGGAUAGAUUUACCAAUGAAAGCGUGGUUGUAACGGCACCAAGUAAAGUCAAAGCCGGAAGCGAUCUCCAAUUACCAUCAAUGGCUGCUCUUGUCAGUAAGACCUCUAGUCAGGCAUUCUUUUUAAGAAUACUUAAAGUUAUUGUACAGAUAAGGGAAGCUGUGCGUUUAGCAAGUACAAAGAAAGCAGCAAACCAAGCACCUGCUCCUACUACGGACACGGCAACAUCGAGUCAAAUCUCAGGAACAGCCGAUGAUAAUUCUUGUGCAGAUGUUCCUAUGGACACGGUGCAAAGUAAUGCUGUUAAUGCGGAAAAUGCAAAGACAAUUUGUCCACGUACUGAUGAUGAAAAAUCACCACUUCCACAUUUAAGUGAAAGUUUAGUGUUGGAUCAUUUAUGGGAAACACUUAGUGCUUGUUUACUAGAAUUGGAAUAUACUCCAGACCAUCAUGCCGUCCUUGUUUUACAGCCUGCCGUGGAAGCAUUUUUCUUAGUCCACUCAUCGUCUACUACAUCUCGUGAACGACAUCGCAAUACUAACACGGAAAAUCGUGAGGUCGUGCCAGAUUUAGCACCAGUUUCACCAAUAUAUUCCGAUAACGAAGGUACUUCUCAAACAGAAGCUGGUACCAAUACUUCUUGGGAUACAACUAUUUCAGCGCAAAAAACUCUACCACCAGAUCAAUUAAAAUUCUUGAAAUUUGCUGAAACGCAUAGAACUGUACUGAAUCAAAUUCUACGACAAACGACCACCCAUUUAGCCGAUGGUCCAUUUUCGGUGUUGGUUGAUCAUACAAGAGUAUUAGACUUUGAUGUAAAGCGUAGAUAUUUCAGAACAGAAUUGGAACGAAUGGACGAAGGUAUUCGUAGAGAAGAACUGGCAGUUCAUGUGCGUAGAAGUCAUGUUUUCGAGGAUUCGUUUAGGGAACUUCAUAGAAGAAAUGCGGAUGAAUGGAAGAAUCGCUUUUACAUUGUAUUUGAAGGAGAGGAAGGGCAAGAUGCAGGAGGUUUACUGAGAGAAUGGUAUGUCAUUAUUUCGAGAGAAAUCUUUAAUCCCAUGUAUGCUCUCUUUACUGUUAGUCCUGGAGAUCGGGUUACAUAUAUGAUCAAUUCAUCUUCUCAUUGUAAUCCCAAUCAUUUAUGUUAUUAUAAAUUUGUUGGACGGGUUAUUGCUAAAGCUAUUUACGAUAAUAAAUUAUUGGAAUGUUACUUUACACGUAGUUUUUAUAAACAUAUACUUGGAAUCCUUGUAAAACAUACCGAUAUGGAAAGUGAAGAUUACAGUUUUUACAAGGGGCUCGUUUAUCUCACGGAGCACACUAUUUCUGAUCUUGGUUAUGAAUUGACAUUCUCAACGGAGGUAAAUGAAUUUGGUGUUAAUGAUGUUCGAGAUUUAAUACCAAAUGGCCGUAACAUAAUUGUUACAGAGGAAACAAAACUUGAAUAUAUUAGGCUAGUAUGUCAAAUGAAAAUGACUGGAGCAAUUCGUAAACAAUUAAAUGCGUUCCUGGAAGGCUUUUAUGAUAUUAUACCGAAGAGACUGAUUUCCAUAUUUAAUGAACAGGAACUGGAAUUAUUAAUCAGUGGAUUGCCUAAUGUAGAUAUUGAAGAUUUGAAAGCAAACACUGAAUACCAUAAAUACAGUGCGACGUCACUGCAGAUCCAAUGGUUUUGGCGUGCAUUACGAGGAUUCGAUCAAGCCGAUAGAGCAAAAUUUUUACAGUUUGUUACUGGAACUUCUAAAGUACCUCUGCAAGGUUUUGCUGCAUUAGAAGGAAUGAAUGGUGUACAAAAGUUCCAAAUUCAUCGAGAGGACAGAUCAACAGAUAGAUUACCAUCCGCUCAUACAUGUUUCAAUCAAUUGGAUUUGCCAGUAUAUGAAACAUACGACAAAUUACGCACGAAUUUACUCAAGGCAAUUCACGAAUGCAGUGAAGGAUUUGGAUUUGCAUAAAGUGUAAUUUGAAUACUGUUUUUACAUAUUAUAAAACUUCAUCGUAAAUGUGUUGCCCUGCCUAUCUACGAUAUAUUAUAGAACACGGCCCUUAUAAUUACUGGCUUAUUAUUAAAUCGGAGAUAUCCUAAGCAAUCAUGCUUAAUCUUCGUUCAAGAUCUACUGAUGAGACCUAUACAUCAACGUAUAUAUAAGAUACACACGUAUGUAUAUACGUAUAAUUAUCACGAUGUAAUUAUUGAGAAUAAUUUUCAAUUAUAUCCGCUACUAAAGUUUAUUUCGUUGAGAAAGAUCUUGAGGAAGAUGCUGAGCUUUACAAUAAUUUCCAACAAAACGUAAUAUAGGAAAUUUAACUAAGUUAUAUGGGUAAGAUAAAUGUAAGGUUCAUAUUUAAGUAGUAGGAAGUUUAAUUUCUCAUAAGGAAUACAUAGGGUGUAAAAUGUAAUAUAUUGCACUUCAACUGAUUGGCGAUACGUUGUAACCGGUUCGAUAGUUUAUAUGGAAAUAAUACCAUGGAUACUGCUGGGGAGAAAAUGUAGCGUUUAAAAGCGAAACGUUGUAAGAGAGCAAGAGAGAGAGAGAGAGAGAAAUAUGCAAGUAAAUAAGAUGUGUGCGAAUGAGUGUGUGAAUUUGCAAAUAAGGGAGCAAAUGUUCCAAGUAGAACGGGAAAUAUUGAUGGAAAUGAUGAGCCUAACUACAAGAUUUCAUAAUAAAAACGCUGUUCUGCCCCAUGUAAUGUAUGGUUGUACACUAUUAGUAUUAAUAAUUAUAACUAACUUUUAAAUAAUAGUAAUGAUCGCUAAUUAAUAUCAUUUUAAUAUUAAUCAUUCGAAAUGUGAUGUUAAAAUCGUGUAAUUUUUUCUUGAAAUCUAACGAAAUAAAGUUUACAGUUGAACAGA